AUGAGCCUCCGGGCUACAUGUCUGAGGCCUGGGGCCGCAUUCGAGCCGGUGGCACUCUGCCGUGAGUGCCUGUCGCGUGUUUUCUCGCCCACCUCGCCUGUUUCCCGCCGAACAUAUGCCGCCACAAGCAGCUUGCGAAGUGAUCUCGCGCAGGCCCGGGCGCUGCCACGGAUCCUGAGAAAGGCAUAUUUCUCGUCUCAUCCACCGACCUUAAGGGGCGUGCUCGCGACGAAACUGCUGCCGUGGUCGAAGGUUGCCACCUCUGCAACACGUCGGGCGUCUCUCUUUGAUUCUGCUGCGCCAGUAUCAAGAGAUAGAGGCGACACCGUGGCUGCGCAGGACCAAAAUGUUUCAGAAUUAAUCAAUGAGCUUCCUCACAGGCGAAGACAGCGCCUAAAAAGCAAAAGUGAAAACGAACAAGCCUCCUCUCCAGAAACGACUAUACGACCAGACGCCUCCUCCCGCCUCUCCACGCUCUCGUCUACGCUCCCAAAAUCUUCCUUGCGCCGGCAAUUGGCCCUCUACCUCUCCCUCACAAAGCCACAGCUUUCCUUCCUCAUUGUCCUUACCGCCACGACUUCCUACGGGCUAUUUCCCACUCCCACGCUCCUCGCUCUUGAUCCGUCCAUAACUCCACUCCCCACCCUCUCCACGUCGACCUUAACAUGUCUGUAUCUUACCGUCGGCACGUUUCUCUCCUCCGCCAGCGCCAAUACCCUCAACAUGCUCUUCGAACCCAAAUAUGACGCUCAGAUGUCUCGUACACGGAAUCGCCCCCUCGUCCGGGGACUCAUCAGCUCUCGCGCCGCUUGGCUUUUUGCCAUUGGUACAGCGACAGCGGGCAUUACGGCCCUUUAUUUCGGGACCAACCCCACGGUCGCGGCGCUUUCGGCUUCGAACAUCUUUCUAUAUGCCUUCGUUUAUACACCCAUGAAACGACUGUCUGUGAUCAACACCUGGGUCGGUGCUAUCGUUGGUGGAAUCCCACCACUGAUGGGCUGUGCAGCAGCCGCCGGCCAAACAGCAACAACGGGGCAUGACACAUGGCGGGAUCUUCUAUUUGGCCCGGAUUCUCUGGGUGGCUGGUUGCUUGCUGGUAUUUUAUUUGCGUGGCAGUUUCCGCACUUCAAUGCCUUGUCCCAUACCAUCAAGGACGAGUAUAGAAAUGCGGGGUACAAAAUGCUAGCAUGGACAAACCCAGCACGGAACGGCCGUGUCGCUUUGCGCUACUCCAUUCUCAUGUUUCCUCUAUGUGCUGGGUUAUGUUGGGCUGGAAUUGUAAACAAGGGCUUCUUAGUGGGAGGCACGUUGAUCAACUUCUGGCUGACAAAGGAAGCUUAUCGCUUCUGGAAGCUGCAAGGAGCGAAGGGCACUGCCCGGGGCAUGUUCUGGGCCAGUGUGUGGCAUCUACCCCUGCUCCUUGUCGGAGCCCUGGUCACUAAAACUGGCGUAUGGGACGGCGUGUGGAAUAGAGCCAUGGGCAUCAUGGGUGACGAGGAAGAUGAAGAAGAAUACCUGAUAGAUGAGGGGUUUCUGGAGUAUGAGGAAAUUCGAAACUCAGCUCCUUCAAGCCAAUCCGCAGAACCUGUGGGUUGA